UAUAAUCUGAUGACAAAUAUUGAUUUGAAUGGCGGAUCAGUGUCAAGCUCAAGCAUCGGUUUCAACCACUACGGAGACGAACAUAUCUGACUCUCACAUUCAAGAAGUUCGAGCUGGGCAGAUUAAUGAAGUCCAUGCAGAGAAGGUCGUGAAGAAUGUAACAAACAUUGAUGAGACAAAUAUAACUGACUCUCACAUCCAAGAGGUUCGAGCUGAGCAGAUUCAUGAAGUUCAUGCAGAAAAGGUCAUGCAGAAUGUAACAAACAUUGAUGAAACAAAUAUAACUAACUCUCUGAUUCAAGAAGAUCGAGCUGAGCAGAUUCAUGAAGUCCAUGCUGAGAAGGUCGUGCAGAAUGUAUCAAAUAUUGAUGAGACAAACAUAACUGACUCGCACAUUCAAGAAGUUCGAACUGAGCAGAUUCAUGAAGUUCAUGCAGAGAAGGUUGUGCAGAAUGUAACAAACAUUGAGGAGACAAACAUAACUGACUCUCAUAUCCAAGAGGUUCGAGCUGAGCAGAUUCAUGAAGUUCAUGCUGAGAAGGUCGUGCAGAAUGUAUCAAAUAUUGAUGAGACAAACAUAACUGACUCUCACAUUCAAGAAGUUCGAACUGAGCAGAUUCAUGAAGUUCAUGCGGAGAAGGUUGUGCAGAAUGUAACAAACAUUGAGGACACAAACAUUACUGACUCUCAUAUCCAAGAGGUUCGUGCUGAGCAGAUUCAUGAAGUUCAUGCUGAGACGGUCGUGCAGAAUGUAUCAAAUAUUGAUGAGACAAACAUAACUGACUCUCACAUUCAAGAAGUUCGAACUGAGCAGAUUCAUGAAGUUCAUGCAGAGAGGGUUGUGCAGAAUGUAACAAACAUUGAGGAGACAAACAUAACUGACUCUCAUAUCCAAGAGGUUCGAGCUGAGCAGAUUCAUGAAGUUCAUGCUGAGACGGUCGUGCAGAAUGUAUCAAAUAUUGAUGAGACAAACAUAACUGACUCUCACAUUCAAGAAGUUCGAACUGAGCAGAUUCAUGAAGUUCAUGCAGAGAAGGUUGUGCAGAAUGUAACAAACAUUGAGGAAACAAAUAUAACCGACUCUCUGAUUCAAGAAAUUCGAGCUGAGCAGAUUCAUGAAGUUCAUGCGGAGAAGGUUGUGCAGAAUGUAACAAACAUUGAUGAGACAAACAUUACUGACUCUCACAUUCAAGAAGUUCGAACUGAGCAGAUUCAUGAAGUUCAUGCUGAGAAGGUUGUGCAGAAUGUAACAAAUGAAACAGUCCUCAACAGUCCCAAGGAAGUGUAUGUGAAGCACAAAGUUGUUAACAAAGUAUACAACAUUUUCCAAGCUCAUGACCAACCAUCUUCAAGUUUCUCAUCACCCAAACAGCAAAGACCGACUGAAUCAGUUUCUCAACCAAAUACAGCCCCUGAUCCUGUAUAUAAAGGAGAUCCAUUGCCUCCGCCAUCAGGGGUUCUCGAUAAAGUCUCACGCAGAAUUAAUAAAGGUCAGCGUGUGAAAAAGUUUAUUGAUUUUUUCAACAAGAGGACAUGGGAAGAAACAGAAGUCAAAAUUGCAGAAAACUACAAAAAGCUCAAUGAGCCUGAUUUUGAGGUCCAUCCUAAAUUAAAGAAAGUUCCAAACUUCUAUGAGGGCCAAAUGGCAAAGGAGUACAAUAAAGAAAAGGGAUUUGCUGUAACAGAGGGAUCUGAAAAAAUUGGUCAGUUGAUCACUAUGAACAAACUUAGCGAACAGCUUAGUGAUGAAAGCUGUAAAUACAUUGCAAUUACUGGGCAGGCUGGAAGUGGCAAAACGACAAUUAUGAAACGCGUGUCUCGAAGUGUUGUUGUUGCAAAUGAAUUGGUGAAAAAAGCUAGGAAAGCAAAAGGAACCGUCAGUCAAUUGUUCCGCAAGAAAAAACGUCAAUUUAGAUUUGUUCAUCAUUUCGGUUUUAAAGAUAUGCCAGUUUCUUAUGCUACAAGACCAGAAGAUGCACUGAGCCCUUGCGAUUUGCUUUUUGGAAAGAUUGCACCUGGGUUCAAAAAUCUAGAGUUAGAAGAUGGAUAUGAAUGGCUUAUUGAGCAUGAUUACGAGUGUAUUUUCUUCUUUGAUGGUUUAGAUCAGGCUAUGUGGGAUCUUCAUGGAAAUCAUAACAAGAUGAAUUACUUUGACAAGUCAAGUACCGCUACAAUUAUAUACAAUAUUUUAACGAGAAAUCUUUUCCCCAGAGCGAAAAUUGUUAUUUCAUCGCGUGAACACAAAAUUGCAUCCUUGCCUUUGGAAUUACGGCCUCCAUUCAUAACUGCCCUUGCUGGUUUAGAUCAUGAGGACAUCAAAAAGUUAUUCGUUUCAGUUUUGGGCGAGACAGGUGAAGAAUCCUGGAAUAAUUUAACAGUUCAAUCACCAUCACUCAUCCAGUUCUCGAGCGUACCAUUAUUCUUGCUUCUUAAUGCGAUAGUUCACAAGUUCAACCCUGCAAAUCCACCCGAUACCAUGACAGAUGUAAUGAUACAAAUACUCCAUAUUUUUAUGCGAUCCGAUCAUGCUCAGGAAAGAGGAAACAUAAAGCAAAAUAUUCGCAAAUUAAUGGAAAUGUCAUUUGAAGGCACAAAACAAAAGCGCGUCAUUUUUACUAUCGAUGAUCUCAAAAAGGUAGGCCUUCAUUCAGACGAGGUCCGCGAUCUGAUCAUAAAAGUGCCUGGAAAUAACAUGCUAAGCCAACAUCUUAUGGAAGGCGACAAUUUGAUGUUCUUCAGUCACCAAAUCCUGCAAGAAAUCCUAGCCAGUCUAUACAUUGCCAACAUGGAUCUUGCCACUUUCCAGUUAUUUAUCGCUGAAGAGAUCCACGAUGAUCACUGGUCAGUUGUUCUGCGUCUCCUGUGUGGAAUUAUUUUCAAUCAAGAUAUCAAAACUGAAUUCCUGAAAGAUCUUACAACUGUGUUCGAUCGAGAAGCAAAGAAAGCAUUACUUAGAGAAAGCCUCAAGAAUAAAAUGAGUCAAUGUACGAGAUCCUAUCAAAAGUUGGAGUUGUUCGGUGCCUUGUAUGAGGCCAAUGAUGCCGAACUUAUUCAAUCCCAUGUACGAGGAAUCAACUUCGAAGAUGAGUCUUUCAAUGCUGCAGGGAUGUACGCAAUGUCGUCGGUUAUGCGACGUUGUGGUCACCUUGAGCAGUUUCGUCUUGUUAAAUGUGACCUCAAUGCUGAGCUGAUGAAAUGCUUGGAUUUGAGUUUGAAAGGGUCUGGAGUGAAGGUAUCUAAGAUAGAUAUCAGUGGAAAUCAAAUGAAUGAAGAAGCUUUCAAAAGUCUUGGUUCUGCUUUGGCAAGUAUUGAUGGUAAAGAAAUGGAACUCAAACUUCAAAUGUGCGGACUCACCAAAGAGAAAAUCGAUGCACUGGGAAGGAAUACGGAAUUAAAAAUUCACACUCUCGAUGUUCGAAACAAUUCCAAGAUCACAUCCGAUCUAUUUCUUGCUAUCGCUAAAGUUGCAACUCAAAAUGAAGUCAAGAAUCUUCUGACAGAUCCAUGUGAAGAAUUACGUCUAACUACAGAGCAGCUGAUGGAACUGAGCAAAUGGAAAACUUGUGGGAAGAUUCACACUCUCGAUGUUCGAAACAACUCCAAGAUCACAUCUGAUCUAUUUCUUGCAAUCGCUAAAGUUGCUACUCAGAGUGAAGUCAAGAAUCUUUUGACAGAUCCAUGCGGAAUGUUACGUCUAACUACAGAGCAGCUGAUGAAAUUGAGCAAAUGGAAAACUUGUGGAAAGAUUCACACUCUCGAUGUUCAAAAUACUUCCAAGAUCACAUCCGAUCUAUUUCUUGCAAUCGCUGAAGUUGCAACUCGGAGUGAAGUCAAAAAUCUUCUGACAGAUCCAUGCGAAGAGUUGCAUCUAACUACCAAGCAGCUGAUGGAACUGAGCAAAAGGAAAACUUAUGGAAAGAUUUGCACUCUCGAUGUUCGAAACAAUUCCAAGAUCACAUUCGAUCUAUUUCUUGCAAUCGCUAAAGUUGCUACUCAGAGUGAAGUCGAGAAUCUUCUGACAGAUCCAUGUGAAGAGUUACAUCUAACUACAAAGCAGCUGAUGGAAUUGAACAAAUGGGAAACUUGUGCAAAGAUUCACACUCUCGAUGUUCGAAACAACUCCAAGAUUACAUCCGAUCUAUUUCUUGCAAUCGCUAAAGUUGCAACUCAGAGUGAAGCCAAGAAUCUUCUGACAGAUCCAUGUAAAGAGUUACGUCUGACUACAAAGCAGCUGAUGGAACUGAGCGAAUGGAAAACUUGUGGAAAGAUUCACACUCUCGAUGUUCGAAACAACUCCAAGAUCACAUUCAAUCUAUUUCUUACAAUCGCUAAAGUGGCAACUCGGAGUGAAGUCAAGAAACUUCUGGCAGAUCCAUGUGAAGAGUUACGUCUAAAUAAAAAGCAGCUGGUAGAACUGAGCAAAUGGAGAACCUGUGGAAAGUUGGAUAAACUAGUUGUCAGUCACAACAAGGAUCUUGGCGCUGCUGGUUUUCGUGAAGUUGGAUUGGUUGUUACACAAUGUCAGGUGAAAGCAUUGGAGGCUCGGGAUUGCAAUCUGACAGCAGAAGGAAUGAAGACAUUUAAGGAAAACACUCACAAUGCAAAGUUGGAUAAACUAGAUGUCAGUGGUAACAAGUAUCUUGGCACUGCUGGUUUUGGUGAAGUUGGAUCAGUUGUUACACAAUGUCGGGUGAAGGCAUUAGAGGCUUGGUUUUGCAAUCUGGCAGCAGAAGAAAUGAAAGCAUUUAAAGAAAACAGUCGCAAUGCAAAGUUAGAUAAACUGGAUGUCAGUUACAACAAGUAUCUUGGCACUGCUGGUUUUGGUGAAGUUGGAUUAGUUGUUACACAAUGUCAGGUGAAGUCAUUCGUGGCUAUGGAUUGUCAUCUGACAGCAGAAAGAAUGAAAGCAUUCGAGGAAAACACUCGCAAUGCAAAGUUGGAUAAACUAGAUGUCAGUUACAACAAGGAUAUUGGCACUGCUGGUUUUGGUGAAGUUGGAUCUGUUGUUAUUACAAUGUCAGGUGAAAGUAUUUGAAGCUCGGGAAUGCAAUCUGACAGCAGAAGGAAUGAAAGCAUUUAAGAAAAACACUCGCAAUGCAAAGUUGGAUAAACUAGAUGUCAGUGGCAACGAAGAUCUUGGCACUGUUGGUUUUGGUGAAGUUGGCAUCGUUGUUACACAAUGUCAAGUGAAAGCGUUCAUUUCUCGGUUUUGCCAUCUGACAGCAGAAGGAA